AUGGAUUUACCUGUUAUAUUAAUUGAAGAUGGCCGUAGUUAUGAAAAACGUGAACUGCAACAGUGGCUACAAAAUAAUAAUACAUCCCCAGUGACAAAUAAGGUGUUAAAAAGUAAAGACUUCAUUGUAAAUAUUACUUUAAAGAACGCUAUUGAAGAAUUUCGUGAAAAACAGGUAAAAGCUCAAUACUGUGAAAAAAUUUCAAAUACAUUAGUGGUGAAAUCUGGUGGUUUACCACAACAGCUGCGUGACGAUGAGAGAUAUCCACAAUUACAUAUUAAAAUAUGCGUCUUUGGCGAUCGUAAUGUUGGAAAGACAACAACUGUUAAACAUUUACAAUUUCAAGAGCGGAUUUCAAAAGAAAUUUAUGCUACUACAGUCGGUCCCGAUUUGAUAACAUUACAUUUAGAUCGUUUAUUUGAAGAGCGUUACGCAGUAUUGAUCAAUGUAUUUGAUAUACCUGGUGAUUUUAGACAUGCAGAUAUGUGGCAAAAUCAUUAUCGAUGCCAUGGUGCAAUACUCAUGUGUGAUGUAACUAAACCAGAAACAUUGAAAAGUCUUGCAAACGCAUGGUUUCCUACAUUAAAAGAUCGUGGUUUUAAUAAGUUCGAAAGUGUAAUCUUAUGUAACAAAAUUGAUUUAGCUCAAGAUUCUGAAGAUCAAAUAUUUAAAGAUGCCGAACGAUUUUCAACAAAAAAUGAUUUAUCAUUAUUUUAUACGUCGGCACUUACAGGAGAAAAUGUUCAAACAAUGUUUAAUCAAUUAAUAUUAUGUAUAUUGAAUAAUACUAUUUUAUUUAAUCAAUUAAAAGAAAAUAUUGUCGUUUCGAAACGCACUAGUAACAAGAACGAACCGUCAAUCCUCUUAGACACGAAGAAUAUUAUAUUAAGUGAGAAAACGAAAGGAAAAAAGAAAGCCGAGAAAAAGAGUUCAUGUUGUUGA